AUGAAUGCUAAUAGUCAUUUGGUUGGAUCCUCUGCUCAGUUCUCCUUCGAUUCUCGUUCUUCACCAUUUCAUUCGUAUACAUUCAUGAGUCGUUUCCCUUCGACGUAUGCUACUUAUCACUUCCCUGCAUUUCAUGGUACCUGUGAUGAGCCACAAAAAUACAAUCAGGUAUCUGCUCCUAACAGCAACAACACUCGUUAUGCUUCUAUUCAGUAUGUGCCAUCACAAAUUCAGUACCCCGAGUCUCUCUCAUCUACCUCCACUUAUUCCCAUACAGUCUUUGACAAUACUUGCAGAAAUAGCUGUUCCACCUACAACAUUGCUGCUGCACCUAAUGUCACCACAACUUAUACUGCUAAUGGGACUUAUUGCACAAAUAAUCAGAUUUUCUUCCAACCACCACCGCCACCAUUUAUUUAUCCGUGGAUGUUGGAACGAGACCAACCACACCAGCAAUCACUUGGCUGCACCACUGAUUCUGCGAUCACAUCUCAAACAGGUGACUCUUUCUCCAUCUCUAAUUUGUUAGAAGAAACAUUAAUUAAUCAAGAAAACGGAAAAAUGAAAUUAAUCUUUACUCUUAAAUUAGGAAUUUUUGAUGAAUUACAGUAA